AUGCAAUUAAUUCCAAUUUACCUCUGUGUGGCUACUGCUGCUGCCAUCCUACUCCCACCAACAGAUGGCCCCUAUCAGGUCAAAUGGGAGUCGCAAGAGCUCAUCGACUACAACCGGCCAGAUCCCUUUAAUACCAGCCGGCCCCGAAGACUUAUGAUUUCAAAGUUUACGCCAGUUCCUAUCGCCAAUUGCCUUGAAACAUGCCGCGUACCGUACAUGCCGGAAUUCAUUGCCAACCUAGAAGACGAAAUCAUUGCUACCUUCAUUCUGCCUACGGUAUGGCCCAAAGGAGAGAUUAAGCAGCUAGAGAUUGAAGGAUGCUGCAAGUCCAAAUCAUCUUGCAGCUCUGGAAAAUUCCCGAAAAUUAUCUUUGAUACGGGUCUCAACACAACGCGUCUAUCAUACUCGUGGACAGCGCAGCACAUUGCUAGUCUCGGCUACGAAGUCAUUGUACCAGAUCACCCAUACGAAACGGAUGUGAUUAUCUACCCGGAUGGCGAGAUCCUCUACGGCAACCAAAUCAAAAAGACAAUCCCUUCACUUGAGUACGGCUUGACCGUUCGCGCAAAGGAUACGACCUUUUUACUGGACAAACUGCGCAUCAAGCGCACUGUAUUUAUCGGCCAGUCGUAUGGCGGUGCUGCAGCAGCUGAAUCAAUCCUAGCGGACAAGAGAAUCGCGGGAGGUGUGAAUCUCGACGGUAUGAUGUUUGGUCCAGCUGUGAAGCAGGGCAUCAACAAGCCAUUUCUCAUUUUCGACUCUGACGGACACAACUCUACAUCGGAUCAGUCGUACGCUGAUUUCCUUGCUGCCAUGGGCAAGAAUCACCCGGAUGUCUGGGUCCGCGAAGUUACCGUCAAGGGCUCAGGACAUGGAUCGGGCUACGAUAUGCCCAUUAUUGGCGAUGUGACGGGCCACCGCGACAACCAAGAGCUCGUGGAUAUUAUGUAUGGCGGUAUUUCAGGAUCACGGAUGAAGGUGAUGCUGCAGCGGUAUUUGGGAGAUUUCAUCGAGUUUGCUCUCCACAGCAAAGGCCCUGGUGUCCUGGCUGGUCCAAACAAAGACUUUCCUGAGGUGAUCUACUUACACUAA